AUGCUAAGCCUUUCCUCCCCUGUCAAUGCGCCUUUGCCGCUGCCUUGGCCGCUGCCGGCGCUGAAGAAGCACCAGGCCAGCAAGGGCAACAUUGGCCCAAGUGGACGACCUUUGGCCUUUGCCUGUGGAUCAGUGUGGCUGCUUGGAGCUUUCCGCCGAAGUAUGGCCAAAGCUGCGGAUUUGCACUCGGUGGUGGUCCCGCUUUCUAUGCCUCCACUUCUGCUGGGCUCUGGAAGCGAGGUGCGGCGACAGUUGCUUGAGGCUGCAGGUGUGACAUUCCAAGUGCGAGCACCAGGUAUUGAUGAAAGGAGCCUAGGAGACAGAGCCAAAGAUGCAGAACAGCUGGUACAUUUGCUAGCGCAAGCAAAGGCCGAUGCUCUGCUCUCGUCUUUGAAGCACAGUGAGAAGCGCCAACUUCUUCUGACUGCUGACCAGGUGGUGACGUACAAGGGAACCAUCCGCGAAAAGCCAGGAGACUUAAAGGAGGCGCGUACCUUUCUCUUGUCCUAUGCCGGAGGAAGUUGCUCCACUGUUGGAGCGCUUUGUUUGCAUGACCCUGCAACAGAUCUGCGGGUAAGUGGCACGCAGCUUGCAACCAUCCAUUUCAAAGCAGAGCUCGGUGAUGAGGACGUUCUAAACCAACUAGCAGCGGACAAGAGCCUUCUCAAUUGUGCUGGAGCUUUGAUGGUUGAGCAUCCCACUAUCCAGAAGUACGUGGAAAGGAUCGAAGGCGACCAGGACAGCGUCAUGGGACUCUCCACCGUGCUUCUCAAGCAGCUCUUUGACCGUUUGGAGGUACUCCGGGAGUCCUGUCUUCAGUACGGCCCUGUCUUGGGUCGUGAUCUCGCCACCUGGGCCGUCGUGGGGGACUGCACCAACGAAGCGAAGCCCGCCUCUCGUGUCGUCCGCCGCCUUGAGGAGGCUGGGCGCCGUGUGAUGAAAGUGAGUCCCUACGACAAGACGGGAAAGUGCUAUGAGAAGCUGGAAGAUGUGCCAGAGCAGGUGGACGCAGUGAACCUUAUCAUCUCCCCAAAGAUUGGUAUGGACGUGCUCAGCACGAUGAAGAAGAAAGGUAUCAGGUAUGUCUUCAUGCAACCCGGAGCUGAUGCGGAGAUGGUCGUGAAACAAGCAGAGUCUUUGGGUUUGGUGACGCAGCGUGGAUGUGUUUUGAUCCAGGAUCUUCCACCACUUGAAAGAUAG